AGUCGAACUUAACGAGUGCACCAACCCGCGCGCCACUCGACCAUGGCGACAACAAAGAUCCGCGAAGCGGCGGAGAAGAUCCGUGGUGCCGACUAUCUCUUGAUCAUGACGGGGGCUGGAUUCUCAGCGGACUCUGGCCUGCCCGUGUACAUGGACAUUGCCAACGUCGAUGCGUACAACAAGAUGGGACUGGAAUACCACGAUCUUUGUGACCCAUGCUGGAUUCGUGAUGACCUGCCUGUGUUUUAUGGGUUUUGGGGCGACUGCUUCAACAUGUACCGGGACACCACUCCCCAUGCUGGUUACGCGAUCCUCCAGCGAUGGAAGGCGAGAGUCGUCGCCAAGGCAAUGGACCAGCCCAGCUCGGACAACCACGGCAACGACGAAUCGACUCCUGAUCCGUUCUUCUCAUUCACAUCCAACGUGGAUGCUCACUUUUUGAAGUUUUUUACGCCCAACGAAGUGUACGAAAUUCAUGGCAACACGGAGAACUGGCAAUGCGCUGACGAGUCGUGUUCUCGCCGGAUUUGGACGCUGCCACCGCCCUUUCGUUUCAACAUCGACCUGAACACGAUGCGGGCCGUGGACACCGACGCCGCGCAAGGACUGACGUGCUCCGUGUGUGCCGGUCCUGCGCGGCCGAACGUGCUCAUGUUUAACGAUAACAACUGGAUUCCGAACCGACAGGAUGAACGCCGGUACAAUGCAUGGAUCGGUCACGUUCAAGAAGCGCUGUGCAAAGACAAAACGAAGAGACUAGUCGUUCUCGAAAUUGGAUGCGGCACAAGGGUGCCGUCCGUGCGCAUCCAGAGCGAACACGUUCUCCUCAAAAUGAUCAAGCGAACGAUCCAUACCCUGGCAGACACGGGCGAGUUCCAAGCCCAUUUAAUUCGAGUGAACCCUGUGAUGGAGCCGGACACGUACAAGUGGAAAGACAUCGAUGACCACGUGCCGCCCAUGACAAAGAUCCAAGGGUUUGGGCUCGCCACGUUGCAAGCCAUCGACCAAGAGCUUGGCUCGGUGGAAUUGUAGGCCACUGGCAAGUGCCGUCAAUGCCGUUUCCCGAUCGGUCGCCGAGAUGUUGCCCCAGUGUGCAUCCUCUCGGUGGAUUCAAGCAUGCAUUUCAACAGGCAUAGCGUUCAAGCAUGGUCGGUCCAGGGAACGCCGUCGAUUAUUCAUUCGAUCGGCACGUGCACGACACGAUCGACAGGGUGCCGAUGCACCGUGGCAUGAAGUUUGCCCGUGUCGUAAAGAGCUUUGUACUUGGCGCACA